AUGGCUUCCUGGCUCCAGAUCCCCAAGAACUCGCCCUUUUCGUUGGCCAACAUUCCCUUCGGCAUCAUCUCUGCGGCCUCAUCGCGAGUCCCGGCCAUUGCCAUUGGUGAAUAUGCGUUGAACCUGAACGCGUUUGCCUCCUCCGGGGGAUUUGCGCAAUUGCCCGCAGUUCAGUCCCAUUUGAGUGUUUUUAACCAGCCCACUCUCAAUGCCUUUGCGGCGCUGGGUCGUCCAGUCCACCGCCAGGUCCGCGAGUACUUGCAGAACGUCUUCCGCGCCGAUACCCAGUUCCCUCAGGUUCUCAAGGACAAUGCAGCUCUCCAGAAGUCUGCGCUGGUACCCCUCUCCGAGGUGACCAACCACCUCCCCAUGCAGAUCGGCGAUUACACCGAUUUCUACGCCGGUCUAAACCACGCCUACAACAUUGGUGUGCUGUUCCGUGGCCACGACAACGCAUUGCAGCCCAACUACAAGCACCUUCCAGUCGCCUAUCACGGCCGUGCAUCUUCGGUUGUUCCGUCAGGUACCGCACUGCACCGACCCCAGGGUCAAAUUCUGGCCAACCCGGCCGCGGAUCCUAAGGUCCCGACUUUCUCCCCUUGCAAGAAGCUGGACAUUGAACUGGAGCUGGCAUGCUUCAUCAGCACACCGAAUGAUCUGGGCAAGCCCGUGUCGAUUGAUGAGGCCGAGGACCACAUCUUCGGUCUGGUAUUGAUGAACGACUGGUCCGCUCGCGAUAUCCAGGCCUGGGAGUAUGUCCCACUAGGCCCCUUCAACGCGAAGAACUUCGGCACCACCAUUACCCCGUGGGUCGUUUUGAUCGAUGCUCUCGAGCCCUUCCGUGCCACUGGUCUGGAGCCGGGCAACCAAGACUCUCUUCUACCUUAUCUCCGUGAGAAGAAGGCUAAGAACUGCUAUGAGAUCCCUCUCGAGGUCGAGGUCACCAACAAGGGUGGUCAACCUACCAUCAUCUCCAACAGCAACUCCCGCAACCUGCUCUACUCCUUCCCCCAGAUGGUCGCUCACCACACAAUCACUGGCUGCAAUCUUAACACUGGUGAUCUACUCGGCUCGGGUACUAUUUCUGGUGCCGAACCCAAGACUCAGGGUAGUUUGCUAGAGCAGACAAAUGGCAAGACUCCUCUGACGCUGGCUGACGGCUCAGAGCGCAUGUUCCUUGAGGAUGGAGACACUGUUAUUCUGCGUGGUAAGGCUGGAACAGAGGGCAACUAUGUUGGCUUCGGCGACUGCGUCGGAACUAUUCUACCUCCCUUCAAGCUCUAA